GCAGUGGGAAGGGUGGCGACGCCCCCGUAGACAAAGUUUGGUCGACAAUAAGUUAUUGGUGGGGUGGAGAUCGUUGGCCAGCCACUUACAGUUACAGUGGUUGUAUGGGGCCGCGCCGAUGGACCCCAGUCUGAUCCGGAGACUGCAGCGGCUGCACGUGCUGCGCGCCUCCGUGGCGCCGACGCCGCCGACCGGGCAGCACGAGCGCGGCCGGCGCAGCAUGGAGGCGCUCGUGCGCGACCUCAGCCACGCGCUAGAGGAGAGCUCGUCCUCAUCGCACCGCCGGCGGCGCGGCUGGCGGCGCCGCUCCCGCUCCGCCGGCAACCUGACGGGCGCACCGCCCCGCACCUACAGCGAGGACUCUGGCAGCAGCGUCGGCGAGGCACACCUUUCUACCGAGCGGCAGAUCUCCAGCGUGCAAGUGAGCGACUCGGACGAGAUGGUGAGCAGCGCCGGCAUCCUGUCACACAGCCGGCGCAGCCAGCGGCACCGGCUGGCGGCCGCCGCCGGUCUCGCCGGACCCAUGGCCGAGUCGGACUCCGUCAACGAGAACUUCUCGCCGGCCCGGCUCCAGAGACGGAAGCGGAAGCUGAAGCGCAUGGCGCUGGACGGCGAGCUCUCGCAGCCGUCAACGUCGGUCGGACUUCCACCUGGCUCCGUGUCAGAGCUGCGUAGGAAGCGCUCUAAGAUGCAGGACGGGUACGGAGAGGGCAGGUACGCCGGUGUGAUGCUGGGCAAGCGCCGGUGCGACCGCAAGGAGGCCGGCUCAAUGUUCCCGCCGCCGCGACCCGGCCAGGGCGACGAGGAGAUGGAGUGCAGCGAUCUGGACCGGCUGCACAGUGACCUGAUGAGCAGCAGCAGCCUGAGCUCGGGGGGCGAGUCGGACGGCCUGGACGACCCGGGCGUGUACACCAACGACGAGGGGCGCGAGGGCGACGACGAGCAGUCGGACUGGUACCACGAGCCGGCCGACGAGCCGACCGAACGCGCUGCCAGCCGACGGCCGGUGGCCAAGCCGAGCCGUGAGAUCCGAGCCGGCCGGCGCCGGCUGCGGGACCGACGACCGGCCUUCUCCAUCGUCUCCUCCCUCAACGACCGCGUGGCCGCCUUUCUCCAGGACCCGCUGCAGACGGAGGUGCGGCUGCAGACGGGCGGCGGCAAGGCCGAGGAGGACCAGCUCGGCCACCUGGCCAGCCUGUACUCGCUGCGCGUGCGGCGUGACGCGCCCGGCACCUUCUCCGCCAUGAAGACCGGGAUGACGACACGCGGCGUGCGCGUGGACCCGUCGCAGGGGACCACCGAGGAGCCGCUCUCGCCCAUGAACGACGCCGAGUAG